AUCGCUCCGAAUUUGCAGGCGCUCCGCUCUACCUUUUUAGGAACCUUCCGAUUGCCUCGUCUUCAACGACCGGUCUCCCCCUCGUCGCCCCGCCGCACCGUCUGGCCAUGGCCCCGAUCGCCGUCGGCGACGCCAUCCCCGACGGCACCCUCGCCUACUUCGACGAGCAGGACCAGCUCCAGCAGGUCUCCGUGCACUCCCUCGCCGCCGGCAAGAAGGCCGUCCUCUUCGCCGUCCCCGGCGCCUUCACCCCGACUUGCAGUCUGAAGCACGUGCCGGGCUUCAUUGAGAACGCCGAGCUGCUGAAAUCCAAGGGUGUGGAUGAGAUUCUGUGUCUCAGCGUGAAUGACCCAUUUGUGAUGAAGGCGUGGGCAAAGACUUACCCUGAGAACAAGCAUGUAAAGUUCUUGGCAGAUGGUUCGGCGAAAUACACCCAUGCUCUUGGCCUCGAGCUUGACCUAAGUGAGAAGGGGCUUGGGACUCGCUCCAGGAGAUUUGCUCUCUUGGUCGAGGAUCUCAAGGUGAAGGCAGCCAACAUCGAAUCCGGGGGAGAGUUCACCGUCUCCAGCGCUGAUGAAAUCCUUAAAGCUCUCUGAGUUUUUUGCAUCUCUCAACAGCAGCAUGGUUUUGGAGUCUUUGAACUCUGUGUUUGUUGUCAUACCGCUGUUAGCCUUAUGUUAAACCCGCAGUAUAGCGGGUCUAUAUAUCUUGACUCUCAUGUUGUAUGGUUAUAUGGACGUAAUGGAAUAAUGAUUCGGUUCUCGUCCUCGUCUUA